AUGUUUAGUAAUGGAUUAUCAAAAUUAAUAAAAUCCAAAAUAGCAUCUACAUCAAUAAUUACCACUAAAAAUAAUUAUUCAAUUUCAAAACUAUCAUUUUCAUCAACAUCAAUUUUAUUAAAUAAAAAAUAUAAAUUAAGUGAACCAUUUAAUUAUGAACAAGAUUGUGAAUAUGCAUUAAAAGAGCCAAUACAAUUUUGGGAUGAAGUAGCUUCAAAAUAUGUACAUUGGAAUAAAAGAUAUGAAAAAGUUUAUAGUGGUGAUGAGUAUAAUCCAGAAUGGUUUAAAGGUGGUGUAUUGAAUGCAUGUUAUAAUGCAUUAGAUGUUCAUGCAAAGGAUCCAAUUACAAAGAAUAGAAUUGCAAUCAUUCAUGAAACACCAUCAAAGAAUAAUACAAAUAAAUUGACCUAUGGUGAACUUUGGGAUGAGGUUUGUAUAUUUGCAAGGGGAUUACAUAAUUUAGGUGUUGAAAAGGGUGAUAGAGUAGUCAUUUAUAUGCCAAUGAUUAAUCAGGCGUUGAUUGCAAUGUUGGCAUGCGCAAGAUUGGGUGCGACACAUAGUGUGGUAUUUGGUGGUUUUGCAUCACCCCAAUUGGCUCAACGUAUUGAGCAUUUCAAGCCAAAGGUAGUGAUAUCUGCAAAUUUCGGUGUUGAAGGCCACAAGAUCAAUUGCUACACACCACUACUUUCAAAGGCAUUAGAACUAUCAUCACAUAAACCAAAUCAUACCAUUGUUUACAAUCGUUUGGAUGUAAAGUUAGACGCAGGUGAAGUUUUACCACCAAGAGUUGAGGGAUCGUUGGAUUGGAGUGAACUAAUUAAAAAUAUUGCACCGUAUAGGGACUAUGCAUUGGUAGAUUCGACACACCCAUUAUACAUUCUUUACACCAGUGGUACCACUGGCAUGCCAAAAGGUGUCGUUAGGGACACCGGUGGCUACUCAGUGGCUUUGAAUUACUCCAUUAGAAAUUGUUAUGGUAUGAAGAGUGGUGAUACAUUUUUCGCAGGUUCCGACGUAGGUUGGGUAGUUGGUCAUACUUUAUCAGUCUACGGUCCAUUGAUGGUAGGUUUAACAUCGAUCAUAUUCGAAGGUAAACCAACAGUUCCAGACGCCUCAACCUAUUGGAAAUUGAUUGAAAAGCAUCGUGUAAAUGCACUAUUCUCUGCACCAACAGCAAUUCGUGCAAUUCAUAGAGAUGAUGCUGAUGGUAAGUUGGCAUCAAAAUGUGAUCUCUCCUCAUUGAGAUCCAUUUGGUUGGGUGGUGAACGUUUGGAUAGUUCAACAUUCAAUUUCUUAAGAAACAUCACCAACAACAAACCAAUCUUGGACAACUAUUGGAAUACCGAGAGUGGUUCACCAUUAAUCACCAACCCAUCAUGUCAAGUACCAAUCAAAGCAAACGCCACUGGUAAGCCAAUGCCAGGUUACCAAUUCCAUGUACUCUCUCCAACCUCUGAAAGAUUGGGUGCCGAUAAAAUCGGUGAGGUUUGUAUAAAGUUACCAGUUGCACCAGGUUUUACAAAUACCCUAUACCUAAAUCCAGAAGGUUACAAGAAUGCUUAUCUCAACGAGUAUCCAGGUUACCUUAGAACCGCCGAUUCAGGCUACUACGAUGAAAAUGGUUAUUAUCAUAUCAUUUCUAGAGUUGAUGAUAUUAUCAAUGUUAGUGGUCACCGUUUAUCAACUGGUUCAAUCGAAGAAAUCUUAGUUAAACAUCCAAAAAUAGUAGAAUGCGCAGUAAUUGGUGUCCACGAUGAAUUAAAAGGUGAAAUACCAUUUGGUUUGGUAGUUUUAAAACCUCAAUAUAAAGAUUGUGCUGAAGAAGUUGAAAAUGAAUUAAUUAAAGAAGUUAGAGAAAAUAUUGGUCCUGUCGCAACCUUUAAAAAAGUUUUAUCUGUAAAUCGUUUACCAAAAACUCGUAGUGGUAAAAUUUUAAGAAAUAUUUUAAGAAAAAUGUAUAAUAAGGAAGAAUAUACUGUUCCACCAACAAUUGAGGAUAUGGAGGUCCUUAAAGAAAUUGAUAUCGAAUUUGAAAAGUAUAAACUUUCACACCCACCAAAAAAAUAG